AUGUCGUUCAAUUUUGCGUGGCCGACAUUCUCGAGCGAGUUUUACGCGAAUGCGACGCAGACAUUGAAUAUGGCGCUGAAUCGCGGCCCUAAACCCAAGGUAAUUGUCGGUGAUAUCGAGCCACCCGAGCUCGAAAUCCUCGAGAUUGGCGACUUGAGCCAUGAACGCUUCCGCGGCAUCUUUCGGCUUAUGUACGCGGGCGAUGCGCACAUAGAGCUGGCUACAUGUGUGCAGGCAAACCCACUCGCAAAGCGGACACCUGGCGCGGGCAUGUUUGAGGGGCCUGCGGCGAGCCGAGGGAUGCUUUUUGCCGCAAAUCCACUCACCGUGCCUAUGCAUGUGCGGUUAUCUGAAGUGCGGCUACGUGCAAUUGUGGUGCUAGUUGUAUCGCGCGCUAAAGGCAUCACGCUUGUGUUCAAAAACGACCCCCUUGAGAGUGUUCGCGUGAGCUCUACGUUUGACAGUGUCGACGCGAUCCAGCGGUACCUGCAGGAGGAGAUUGAAGAGCAGCUACGCGAGGUGUUUCGCCAGGAUCUUCCGAAUAUCAUACAUAGGCUCAGCCAGCAAUGGCUGCACACGGAUCUGGGCGAAGCGCGGCAUGCAAAACCAACCGUGCCGCGGCCUACAACGCCCGUGCGAAGAACGUCGUGGUCCGCACACACGAGUGAUCCUGUGCCGCUCUCUUUGCUCCCGAUGGACGAGCCAGUGGCACACAAGGCCGCGACGCCGACGCGCCUCGCACGCCUCGCCGCGGAAAACAGUCCGCGCGGCCUGAAGGAUUUGUUCCACCCCUCUCCGCCAGCGACGUCCAGCACAAAUGCGCGCACGUUCCAUACCACGAGCCAGAUGCAGCGGUCCUCGCUGCACACGCCGCAGAGCACGCCGCCGCAGAUCAGCAGGGUGGGUCUGCACACGUCCAUGGACAUGGCCGAGCUUUUGCGCGCGACGCAAACCCUCGCGCAAACACACAAUCCGCGGCACAUUGCAAUCCGCAGUGCGCCCGCCCAUCGGCACAAACGACACGCACGUACACACGCGCGCCAGCGGCGCACGUUUACCUUUCCCACACAGGCAGAUAGUACAGAGCACUAG